AUGGGUAUGUCACGUCAUUCGUCUUCAAGAGGAGAGGCGGAUGACGUGAUCCUCCCUGAUUCACCCACCCCCCUCUGUAACGCACUGCUGACUGGAAACCAUGAAGACAAACUGCUCAAAAUGAGAACUGGCGAAGACGUCACAGUUCAAUGUUUCUUUACUUCCUUUGGAAUAUCAAAGUUCUUCUGUAAAGACUCAUGUCAAGAAAAGGUUCUUGUUGGAACAGCUGGUGACAGAGCUCAGAGAGACAGAUACAGCAUCAGAUAUUUAACAGGAACUAGAGGAGGAUCCUUUCUGUUUGUGACCAUCACAAAUCUGACCAAGUCUGACUCAGGACAGUACUGGUGUGCUCUGGACUCGUCUUCACUCAGGGACUUUGAGCUCAUUGUUACAGAUGCAUCAGUCCCAUCAACAACAACAACCACUGACCAGUCUGACACAACGACUGAAGGUGUGCUGCUGUAUGUGGGUCUGACUCUGGUCGUUGUGUUCAUCCUUUCAUCACUGGCUGUGCUGAUAAUCUGCAUUAAGAGGAACCCCACACUCUGUGGUUUGAGGACCAGAGGAAACUCAGACGCCACAAACAUGGAGAUUACCCCCUAUGAGAACUGUCCUCCAGUCUCCACACAUGAAGAUUCCACCUACCAGAGCCUCAGUCCAGCCAGCAUGGAUCAGGACCAAACCUACUCUACACUCACACACACAACAACACAUAUGAGACUUUGUGAAUUCAGACCUGGAAUUUGUUACUGUGACCCAAGGUUUCAGUUUGUUUUCUGGCCCUGA